ACCUUCAGCUUUCUGAAGCUAUGUAUGACGUCACGGGGUCAGAGUGGGAGUGUGAUCGUUGCAAUCUCGCGUGGAUUAUUUUGUGUGUGUAAUUUGCAUGCAAAUUUACGUGGCUGCACUGCACUAGCUGCACUGGUACGGAGCCGGGACCUGACAGAAAUCACGACUUAAAAAGCAUCAAAGUUCCCUUCAUUUUCGUCUUCUAAUCAAACGUUUGUUGUAUAUUUCAAGGAGCUACCCGUCUGAACAGUUACCAUGAUGGAUGUAGAUUUAGAUCAAGAUUUAAUGUCGAAAUUCAGCAGCAUGGGAACGACCGAUCGAGAUGUUUUGAUAAACGAAUUUCAGAAGUUGUUGGGCAACAAUCUUAACCCGGCGACCUGUGCAUUUUUCCUUGACAUGAACAACUGGAACUUGCAAGCUGCCAUCGGAUCCUAUUACGACAUCGAAGCCAACCUCCCUGUCCAGCGGCUACCACACAUGACGUUCGUAAAAGACGUAACGAUAGGAGAAGGAGAAUCGGUCCCACCGUGUACAGAAUUCACCAAAACAUGGAGAGUACGAAAUCCUGCCACUGACCAAUGGCCACCGGGGUCGUGUUUACGUUUCAUACACGGUCAUCAGCUAGGACCACUGGACAGAGUCUAUACAGAGCCGUUGAACGGUCAGACAGAUAUGGACAUCAGUGUUAAGAUGCACAGCCCCUCACACUGUGGGGUCUAUCAAGGGCAAUGGAGGAUGUGCACAUCAACAGGGGUUUUCUACGGGGAGACCAUAUGGGUUAUCGUAGAAGUGAAAGAAGGUGGUAUGCUAGGACUUACACAACAACUAUCUCAACUCGGUACAGGAUCAAUGGAAACAGAUAGUGCGCCCUCUACAGAUAGAAUCAUGCCUAACCCUUUUGGUUCUCCAACAAAACCAGAUGGUACUUUAAUAAGAGAGUCAACACCCGAGCCUCCAUCCUUUCACUCACCAAGUAAACCAGAACACAGCUCACAUCUAUCAUCACCGGUUAGACCUCCUUUAUUUCAGCACGAUUCUUCAGUACAGAUCCCCACCCAGACGCUGUCAGAACGUGACCCCAGGAUGCCAGCGGUCUUCCACGACUACCAGCUCCCCCACCACCAUGCCCCCGAGAACACUGCCCAGCCUGCCUUCCCAACCAACCAAUCAACCGCUUCCUUCUCCACCCUUCAAGCCCCGAAUCCAACAAUCAACCAAUCAGAGUACACGUUUCAUGAUCUCAGGACAGAAGACACAAUGACGGAUGAGGACUUAUAGCAUAUGCAGAAAUCUUUUUUUUUUUUAUUAGUAAAAUUUAGAGAAUACCUUUAGAUCUAAAGGGAUUUUGAAAUCCUUUUUGGCCUACUUAUAGUGCUGAUGCACAUGGAUACAUGUACAGUUAGUAAUUAAUAUAUUAUGGUAGUACUGCAACUCGAAUUAUUGAAUUGAAUAGCAAGGGGUAAAGUUUUUAAACAUUUCCCACCUUAAAACCAGACUUCUGAAAAAAAGUAUGCAAUGGAACCAACAUUGGAGCAAAGUUCUGUGUGUUUCUUUGAGGCUAAAUGAUUUGCUCUUCUCUCUUUCUUUCAUACCUUGCUUUCUUUCUUUGUUUCUUUGUCUCCAUGUUUUUGCUCUUUCUUUCUCUCUUUCUCAUUUCAGGGGCCCCUUUCAUAAAGAGUUACAACUGUUGUAACUUUGCCUUUAUGGCAACUACCAUGGUAACCUUGAUGUUGAUUGGCUGUUGAGCCCUGCUGCCAUGGUCGUUGCCAUUAUGGCAAAGUUACAACAGUUUUAAGUCCUUUAUGAAACGGGCCCCUGAUCUUUUUUCUAUCUUCCUUUCUUUUUUUCUGUCCUGUUUUAUUUUUUCUUCCUUCUUCUUUCCUCCUUUGCCACCAAUAUCAUGAAGAUCCGAAAGUUAUGGUAACUUUUCAAUCAUGGUCAUGUACUUACUGGUGUAACAGGGUUCAGCAGUCAGUCGAAAUCAAGAUCUCUAUAAUUAGCGCUUUACAGCGUUUAUCCCCCGUCACAGGAUUCUGUGUUAUCUGCAUGCGGUGUAUGAGCACUCUCCACUCUCUGGGGAGUAUGCCACACUGGCAAAGUUAACAUAGUGGGCGAUUCCAUGCUAGAAAAAUCACCCAUUUUCACAACAAUUUUUAACCUGCUGUCCAAACGAACAAAGAAGUUCAAUUUGCUUUGUGGUAAUAUCAAAGUACUUCUGGGUAGACAUGCAAAAAAACUGACAACCAACAAAAAUAUGUUGUCCAUAGGUGAAUUAGAGCUUAAAAUGUUGCGUGUCGUACGGGACAUUUCUGCGUCCCGUACGACACAACAUUUUCACCUACAAUAUACCCAUAAUCAUUUAUUUUGUGUUGGUUAUUAGUUUUUCACAUGACUACCCACUAUAGCUUUAUCAUUGACAAAAGAGAAUAUUUUAUUGCCCAAGCAAUCGACUAGGAAACUAGAAAUUGCUGUCAAAAUGUCCCGUACGACACGUAUGGAAUCGCCCUAAUAUGGCCUUUUCCUGCCAGUAGGUUUAUUAGAGAUGGACAAUCUUUCUUACCCCAAUUGUUGGAUAUGGCUCACCGUGACAGUGUAUGCAAAUCUCCACUCCUUGGGGAGUAUUUCAGAAUGGCAAAGUUACCAUAAUAAGACUUCUUCUAGCCAAUUGGCUAAUCUCAAUCAAUUCUCUUGGUAUUAUUCGGUUGUGGUUUUACCGGGUACUCUCCAAUCUUUCCCCACAAGAUAAGCAGAAACCUUUCCCUGCAAGAUAGGCAGAAAGCCGGUUCAUCAUUGCAGUUAUUGUAGUUCUAAUGUCCAGAAUAUUCCUUUUUAGAGAUAUAUAACGUGGAACUGAAUUUAGUAGAGAGUGUGAGAGAGCAAGAGAAAGUGAAAGGGAGUGAUAGCUUGUAUAAAAGACAAAGUGGCGUGUGAAAGUGGAACUGAAUGUGUCAUUGAAGUGGCUGAUACUGUCUCAGGGGGGUGUUUCACAAAGAUUUAAUGUUUACUAAAAAGGAAUCCUUAUGUCAGUCCAACACUGUGAUGAUAUGUAACACGCAUUCUCAUUGUAUAAUAUGAAGUAGCGAGUGGGUGUCUUGAACAUGAUUUGACCAUGGCAGUGAUGCAUUAUAUAUACCACAUGCAACUGGUAAUGUAGAUGUGAGUUUAGUCACAUUGAAACCUGUCUGAAGCACCCCCUGAUACAGAAUUCAAAGAUAUUUAUUUUUUUCAGAAAUUAUUUCUGACGAUUAUUUUCAAGCUGACCCAUGAGAGGUUAUCUUUUUUUUUAAUGAACAUGGAGUUUUAGUAUUGGUAUAAAACGAAACAAAAACCCAAGUGGCAUUAUUUUGGAAUCAUCAUGUAAGACAUAAAGAGGGAAUCUUUAAUGGUGUUGAUUAGACCUGGGAACUCAAACAACCGAUGCAUUCAAUCAGUUUACCGACAACCAGCAACCGAAUACUAUUAUUUACACUAAUCAAAAGUUUGCCAAAUGUUUGAUUACUGAUUUUAAAUAUUCGAUUAUCAAAAGUAUAUGGCUUAUCUUGGAUAUUUGACAACAAAGUUCAAGAUACUUGAAUUUUAUGCUAAAAGUUAAGGAAUUCCAAACUAUGUAACUCUUUCAAUACACAAUUAUUACUCUGGUCAGUCGAAUGACAGUAAAAGGGUAUUUGUCCCAGGCCCAGUGUUGAUAUUAAUUUGCCUUAAUCUUUCACAUUUUUUUUAUCAUGUUAGUAUUACUCACUUUUCAUAUCAUUAUGAAUUUUCAAACUUGUUUUAGCAUACUUAUUACUCAUCAGUAUGGUACAAGUUUAAUAUGUUUGGGCAUAAUUUCUCUGAAAAUUCGGGUUCAGUAUACAUGUAGUUGGCAUUAAACAGAUUGUCUCAUAUUGUCUGUCUUUUAAAAAAAAAUGCUGUUUGGGGUAAGGCACUAAAAAAAGAAAAGAAAUGUAAAGUAAGGAAAAAAAAGUUGGUAUUUUUACAGGGGUUUAAAUGUUACGUAAUGUUACAUUAUUGAAAUUCAGUUCUGUGAAUUUGGACCUUAAUGAGCAAUAAUUAUUAUUGCAGAAGAUUCAUGUGUAAAACUGUUGUCCAUUUAGACAAUGUAGGGGUAGAUUUUAUGUAUAUUUUACCAGGAUAAAUACUUGCAAUAUUAUUAUGUUUAUGUUGUGAGAAUGUGUGUAUUAAUCUAUAUGAGUGUAAGUGCGGUUUAUGUUUUGAAAUAUUGACAUGAUUUCUGAAACUUGUGUUAAAUGAAAUAAUAAAUGAAACGAGUAAAUGAUAAUAAAAA